AUCUGCAGAGCUAUAAAAUGGACAACAAAGAUGAAGUGGACAACAGAAAAAGUCCUGUAACUGGGUCUUGCUCUGAAGGAAAAUGCCAUAAUAAGGUGCAAUGGAAGGAGGUACCUUUGGGUGCUCGGAUCUUAAGCUAUUUAGGAGUCUUUAAUAUCUUACCAGCUAAAAAUUACAGGCUCUACAUUCUAAUACUGACAUUCAUAUGCUAUGCAUCGUAUCACAUGUCAAGAAAACCUUUCAGUGUUGUUGCAAAUGUCUUAGCUCCAAACUGCAACGAUAUAUUCGAAGAGCUGAAUGAGAGCAGCUUAGAAUAUGAAUAUGGUUGUAACUACAAUGAAGGAUGGGCACCAUUCAAUGGCAGCUAUUGUAAAACUGUUAUCGGAGCUGUAGAUUAUGCUUGGUUAUUCACUUAUGCUAUUUUCAUGAUUGCAAGUGGACUUAUAGCUGAUCGUGUCAAUCUUAGAUAUUUCUUAACAGUUGGAAUGAUAGGUAGCGGAGUCUUUGUUGGAAUGUUGGGUGUGGCUUACUUUGCUGAUAUUCAUCAUCUUGCUUAUUAUAUUGUUAUACAAAUUUUUGUUGGAGUUUUUGAGUCUACAGGUUGGCCUGGUGUAGUAGCAGUAAUGGGUAAUUGGUUUGGUAAGAAGAACCGUGGUUUGUUAAUGGGUAUAUGGAACUCCCACACAUCAGUUGGUAAUAUACUAGGAACUGCAAUCCCUUCAUUAUUUGCAAAGAAAUGCGAUCCAUGGGGAUGGGCUUUUUUAAUUCCAGGAUUUGUGAUGAUUUUUGUUGGCUGUGUAAUGUUCUUUUUCCUGGUCUUAGAUCCUCAUCAUGUUGGUUUGCCUCCUCCUCAACACCAUGAGAUUAAAGAGCCUCGACCACAAAAGAAUGGAAUGUCAUACAAGAAAGAAAGUGACCUAACAGCAGACACUAAUAUAAAGACAUCAGGAAAAUUGUCUAUAGAAAAUGAUACUGACGAGAAUGCACCACUUAUAGGUAAAUCUCCUUCUGAUACUGAAAAGUCUAAAGGUAAAGCAGUUGGCUUACUGAGAGCAUUGACAGUUCCUGGAGUGGUAGAGUUUGCUGUGUCACUUUUCUUUGCAAAGAUGGUUGCUUAUACCUUCUUGUUCUGGCUGCCUUACUAUGUAGCAUACAAUCGCAUUGGUGGGCGGUAUAUUGGUGAACAGAAAGCCGAUCUACUGGCUACUCUUUAUGAUGUAGGAGGAAUAAUUGGAGGUAUAACUACUGGUGCUCUUUCUGAUGUCAUCAAUGCAAGAGCUAUAUCAUGUGUCAUAAUGCUCUAUUGUGCUGUACCAACAUUGUUCAUGUAUCGAUAUUUUGGCGUUAAAUCAGUUGGAGCAUCAAUAGCGUUAAUCAUAUUUUGUGGCCUGUUCAUUAAUGGUCCUUAUGCUCUCAUCACAACUGCUGUAUCUAGCGAUCUUGGCACACAUGAAUCACUGAGAGAGAAUCAGAAAGCUAAAGCAACAGUGACUGCCAUCAUUGAUGGUAUGGGAUCACUAGGAGCUGCUUUUGGACCACUAGUAACUGGAUUUGUAUCUGAUUACUUUGGUUGGAAUAGUGCAUUUUAUGUUCUAAUGGGCUCAUGCUUCAUUUCAUCAUUGAUGCUGAGCAGACUAGUUGUAGGCGAAGCAAGAUAUUUCUAUAGAAAGUUUAAAACCCAGACAAAAAAUCAGGUGUAUGCUCCUACAAAGGCAAGCAAGGAGUCAACUAUGAUGUGAUAGAUGUUUUUAUGUAUUGGAGUGACAAUUAUUAUUUAUUUAUUAUUUUUAAUGCAUUAAUUAACAACUGAGAAGCCACACCUUUUUACAACUGGAGAGCUAGAGAGCUACAGUGAUCAUGAAUGAUGAUUCAUCUGUUGUGCUGUGUGAGAGAGGACGCCAUCGUAAAGUGAAAUGGAA